AUGGAUCUCCAUGCCGCUUCCUCUGCAUCGCGUUCGUCCUCUUCCCCGGUGAGCGGAAGCCAGCCCCAGGAACUCGACGGCCGGUCGUCGUCGGUUUGCUCGGCGCCCAGCGUCGAGGCUGGCGCGGCGGCCUCCGCUCUCUCCGCGUCGUCUGGCGCCAUCCGCGGCUCUGUGUCGGCUCCGCGGCUGUACGAGGCCUCGCUUGCGCAGAAUCACCAGCCACCGCACUGGAACCACCGGCCUUUGCCGCGGACGGCGUCGGGGCCCGGCUCGAUGUCGCAGCGCAUGACGGUGAAUGAACACACCGUCGUCUGCCUCUCCGCGGACGUCACGCCGCUCCACUUGAGCGCGGCCAUCACGGACUGCGGCCUAGACGUGCAGGAGCUGAAGCCGACCCGCGGCGGCGGCAGCGCGAACGCCUGCAACAAGAGUCACCACGCGUCGCCUUCCUCCUACAGCCGCGGCUCCUGCGAGCAAGACGCCUCGGUGGCGCCCCAGGUGACGCCCUACGGGGUGGGCGGCGCGCCGGUCUGCUGCGACCUGAGGCCUGAGCUGCCUGCGGACGUCGAGCCGAGCUGCCUGGCGCCCUCGGCCCUCUUUACUGUCCAGGGGGAAGUGGCGGAGGCCUCGGGGCGCGGCGGGAGGGCACUCAGCGGCGCAGCGCUCGCCGGCAGCCAUCGCCACGCGCAGCCGGCGCAGACCCCGGCGCAAGCUGCGGACGAGGCGGGGCGCGUCCUGCCCGGCGCGCCAGGGGAGGCGCAGCCGCGGCCGGCUGACAACCCGCAGGGGGGGGGGCAGCAGGGCGGUGCAGCGGGCGCCUGUCCGGUAACCACCUCGCCGGUGCCGACGGCCGCGCGACUCUUCGCGUCGCCCAACGUCGCUGCGACGGGGGUGCGGACGACGCUGCUGCCGGACAAGCCGCUGGUCUUGAUCAUCAUCACCGGCGGCACCAUCUGCAUGGACUACGGGGGGGAGCAGUCCUCCAUGCGCCCGACGCGUCUCGCGCAGCGCCUCCAGGACCUGCCAGAGCUGAACGACCCGAAUCUUCCCCGGUUCGACGUCCUCGAGUGGGACUCGCUCGUAGACAGCAGCGAAAUUGCCUUGCCCCAGUGGAAACUCCUCGCGCAACAAGUCGCAAACUUCUACGGCGACUACGACGGGUUUGUCAUUCUCCACGGCACGGACACCAUGGCUUACACGGCGGCGGCGCUAUCCUUCAUGUUGGAAAAUCUCGGCAAACCCGUCGUCAUGACAGGCUCCAUGCUGCCUAUGAUGCAUAUUUCGACGGACGCGAAGCGGAAUUUGGCGGUUUCGAUGAUGAUGGCGGGCUACUCGCAGCUGACGGAGUUGGUUGUAAUUUUCGGGUCGCACGUGCUUCGCGGCACGCGCGUGAGCAAAGUGGACUGCUCGCGGAUUGACGCCUUCGAGUCGCCGAAUUUCCCGGCGCUGGGCUCAGUGGGCGUCGACGUCGUCCUGCACGACGAGCUGCUGCUCAAGCCGCCAGUCCGCGGCUUCCGGAUCUUUACGCGCUUUUGCCUGAACGUCGCGGUCGUCCCCCUAACGCCCUUCCUGCCUGUCGACCGCCUACGGCGCGUGUUCGAGGAGCCCAAGCGGCCGUUCGGCGUCGUCCUGCAGCUCUACGGCUCAGGCACCGCCCCCGGGACGGAGGAGCUCCUGCAGACCAUCAAGGACGGCAUCGAAAGCGGAAUCAACAUCGUCGCCACCACGCAGUGCAGGCGCGGCUCCGCCAACCUCCUCGCGUACGAGAGCGGCGUCUGGCUCUCCAACCUGGGAGUCAUCAACGGCAAAGACCUCACGCUCGAGGCAUGCGUCGCGAAGCUCGCCUACCUGAUGGGAAAAGGCUAUACAGGCUUGCCCCUGAAGGAUUUGAUGGAGGCCGACAUCCGCGGCGAGCUGACGGAGUCCCCAAACAAGGUGGCGGCAGUGAGCGCAGUGCUCGACUUGGCGGACGCGACGGGCAGCCGCUCCAAGGGCGACGACAAGCGCGAGCUGAGCGUGUCGCCCAUGACCCAAGGCGUCGACGAGAAAGUGCGCCUGAAGACCCAAGACCUCGGCGCCUGCACGCUCUACCGCCACCGCGUCGAGUGCUGCGACCGCCACGCAGACUUCCAGGUCCCCGAGAGAACUGGAUGCUGA